ACGCACCAAUGUUGUUUUCCGGCAUUUUACUUCACGUGGACGCACUGCGGCGUGCGGACGGCUAACAGCUAACAGCUAACAGGAGAGGAGGAAGAAGAGCCCAAAACAUGACGCAGUUAGACGGUGUAGUAAAACCCAAAACAAAGCGCUCCAAGCGCUUUUUGGAAAGCAGAGCACCCAAGCUGACUGAGAAUGUGAAGACUGCGAUGAUAAUGAAAGGGGGCAACACAAGUCAAACCGUCACCCAGGCCCUGAAGGACAUAUAUUCCCUGAAGAAACCCAAUGCUGUUCUUUACAAAAAGAAGAACAUAACCCGACCGUUUGAGGACUCGACAUCACUGGAAUUUUUCUCCAAGAAAAGUGACUGCUCUUUGUUCCUGUUUGGCUCACACAACAAGAAGAGACCCAAUAACCUCAUAUUUGGACGUCUGUUUGACUUCCAUGUGCUCGACAUGAUUGAACUGGGAAUUGAGAAGUAUGUCUCACUGAGCGAGAUCAAGACCAGCAAAUGUCCUGAAGGAACCAAACCGAUGCUUGUGUUUGCAGGCGAAGCUUUUGACGUAGACAACGAUCUCAAACGUCUGAAGAGUCUGCUCCUAGACUUUUUCAGAGGUCCCACGGUGCCUGCGGUGCGUCUGGCAGGUUUAGAACACAUUCUGCACUUCACUGCCUUGGAUGGAAAGAUCUACAUGCGCAGCUACAGAUGUCUGUUGAAGAAGUCGGGCUGCAGGACGCCACGCAUCGAGCUGGAGGAGAUCGGGCCGUCAUUUGACUUUGUCAUGAGAAGAACACACUUGGCCUCAGACGACUUGUACAAGUUGGCCCACAGACAGCCCAAAGCUCUGAAGCCCAAGAAGAAGAAGAACAUCUCCCAUGAUGCUUUUGGUACCAAGUUUGGCCGUGUGCACAUGCAGAAGCAGGAUCUGUCCAAACUGCAGACACGCAAGAUGAAGGGCCUGAGGAAGAGGAAGGGAGGCGUGGACUCUACAGAGGAUGAGGCAGCAGCGGCACCCAAACAAGUCAAAGUGGAGAGCUGAGGACCCAGGUCUGUGGAGCGGACCGAUUCCACCGCCCGGCCUCGGACAUGGUCCUGGACCCUGACGGUGGGCUUAUCUGGACUGUGUUUACCGCAAAGGACUUGGUCAGUGAGCAGAGGAAGACAUGACGCAUCUGUUUUUCCAUUUUCCUGUUGUGAUUUCACUUUCAUACAGGUCUUUGUCUUGACUCAUAAAACAAAGACAUAAGACAAACACAAACGUAAGUCUGGUCUAGUUGUUCAGACUUUGAGAAUGGCAGUGGUCUUAUGUGGUAAUAAAUGCAAACUCAUUUUUUCA